CUGAAUUAAAAGCUCUGCCUUCUCUGUGUUCCCAAUUUCCUCCAUUUCUCUUCCUCUCUUUUCCAUUCAAUGGCUCGUCUCGCAAAUUUAAACGGCGUCUCAGACAAAUUCUCCGCCAUUCCCAAGCUUCCAAAGCUUCAAAACCCUCGGAAGAGACUCAAAAUAAUUGGGUUUCUCGGGAAACAAACAGAGGUUUCUUCUCAUCACAGCUCAUUCACAAGAAGAUUGGCUUUAACCAGCAUCGUCUCUGUUGCUCUGUUUGGCAACGCAUCCGUCGAGAUCGCUUCCGCUAACGAGUACUGGCUCGAUGGCCCUUUGCCUGUGCCGUCUGUUUACAACAACAUUGCGAAUGAGAAGACGGGGACCCGAUCGUUUCUGAAGACGGGGAUUUACAUAGCCAACAUAGGGACAGAAGGAAGAAAAUAUAGACUAAAGAGAUAUGCCUUUGAUCUUCUGGCUAUGGCGGAUUUGAUCGGGAAAGAUACUUUGAACUAUGUAAGGAAGUAUCUUCGACUGAAAUCGACUUUCAUGUACUACGAUUUCGACAAUGUCAUCUCGGCAGCUGCAGAUGGUGAGAAGCAGCCUCUAACCGAGCUUGCGAACAGAUUGUUCGACAACUUCGAAAAGCUUGAAGAUGCAGCAAAACAGAAGAAUCUGAGUGAAACUGAAUCCUAUUAUCAGCAGACAACUCCUAUACUUCAAGAAGUCAUGGAUAGAAUGGCUUAAGUUGAGAAACUUUAUUGAGAAGAUUAUAAGAUCUACUUGCUUUUCCACCAUUCUUUUCCUAUUCUGUUGUACAUGUUCAUAAUUUGUUUCGAUUUUGUACUAAAUACGGCGAGAAGAUGCAAAACCAAUUGCCAGCAUUGUCGAGACGAUAUCAAUCUUGUUGCAGGAUGCUUGGUAUCAAUUAGAGAGAUUUGAUCAUCAAAAA